GAGUUUGUCAAGAUUCUUUUGACUUUUCAGCAGUAGAUCACAUGACAGAAAAAAAGCAAAUAAUGGCUCGCAAGCAUGUAUAAAGACGCACAGUUCACUGAUCUUGCUUUAUGUUUCUGACUGAUUUACAUAGUUAGACAUUUCAUAUUAUUUCAUUCACCCAGUUAUGCAAAGAUUGUAGCUGACCUCCCUAUACACUUGGUAAGUCACGACAACGACUCAUUCAAUGAACCUGUCUAAUUAUAUUUCACACUCAAUCAAUAUUAACAUCAGAUAUAAUCCUGGUGAGAUUGUGGAAGAAUAUGAAGAUUUCUGUCCUGACACAACUACAGGUUCAUGGAAACACUGAUUCAGGUCUGUUGCUUCACUUCCUUCACUGUCACCUCCCACUUGGCAGAGCUCCCAAGGCUUUAUCUAGUUCCAGACUUCUUGAGAACCACAUGAAGGUUACUCAAUGUUAUUGCGUGAAAAGAAUAGAUCCUUUUUGUCCAAAUUCCAUUUUGAUCAUAUCCUUCAUUCAAAGUAUUUUUAUGAUUUGAUAUGACUUUAUUAGCUCUUUGUUUUCAGGCUGCCCAUGUACAUCUUUGUACUAACUCCUAAUCACAACCUUGAUGACUGAAAAUUUUCAAAGACAAAAUUACACGACUAGUAGUUUAGUGAGGUGUCUUAUUUUCUUUGAUUUUCCCCUUCAAUCCUAAAGUGAUGUAUUUUAUAUCCAAAGCCAUUAGUUUGACUCCUGUAAAACUGUGACAUGACUAUCAGCAAAGCACAGAUGAUUGCUCUCUGCUUGACAGAUACUGCAAUCCCUGAAACAGUUGUGUCCUGUCUCUAGGCGUGACUCUUCCCCUGCCACCACUUCACACCUCAUCACGAUGCCUCAUCGCCACUGCGCCAUCGAGAUUAACAACAACUCUGGCUCCUACACGCUGGCCAGCCCAAGGGUGUUCACUGAGAGCGGCCACUGUGCGGUCCCUCUGCCACCCAUGGUGGGUCCCUGCUCCGCUGGCAGCGCAAUGUUCAACAAGACCACCAGCUGUGCAACUGGAGCCGUCGGCGUCUUCACCUACGACCUUUUCAAUGCUGAUCUGAAUGACUACAGCCACGUCAUGGCUGUCAUGUACUCUGUGCCCUAUGACCGGAUGCUCUACUCCAACUGUUUUGCUGUGGGCAUCUUUGAAAGAGGAAAUGACUGCGACUACAAUCUGUAUGAUAGGAUGUAUAAUGGAGGUGAAAACAACUUUGUUAGAGCAAAAGCUGACGGCUCCUUCAUUUCUUAUGAGGGCGAUUAUGUUAUUGUCAGUGCCUCCAUGUCUGACUCAGGUGAAGCAAUCUUGAGGGUGGAUAUCAGUGAUACUGGCAUUUACUGAGUUAAUAAAGAUCCAACUGUUAUAAUGUAAACUAUACUGUAAACCGACAGUGAGUUUAAUAAAAUAUUCCAAGAACCUCAAUCAACUGUGG